CUAUUGAGCCUGCGUGCCUAGAGCCCGUGCUCUGCAACAAGAGAAGCCACCGCAAUGGGAAGCCCGCGCACCGCAACGAAGAGUAGCCCCCGCUCGCCACAACUAGAGAAAAGCCCACGCGCAGCAAAAAGACCCAACGCAGCCAAGAAUAAAUAAAUAAACAAACAAACAAAUAAAUAAAUAAUAAAAAAGAAACAGGGAUAAGCAUAAAGAAAAUUGUUGAUAAUUUGGACUAUGUUAAAAUUGAAAACUUCUGUUCAUCAAAAGGCACUGUUAAGAGAUUGAAAAGUUGAGAUGGGGGGGAGAUAUUCAUAGUACAAAUAUUCAAAACAGAAUCCUUACCCAGAAUGGGUAACAAGCUCCUACAGAUCAUUAAGAAAAAGGCAUAGAAAAGAGGCAGAAGCACUGAAGAGACACACAUCUUCACAAAGGAAGAUGCCAGUGGGGACUUCCUUGGUGGUCCAGUGGUUAAGACUCUGUGCUCCCAAUGCAGGGGUCCAGGGGUUCGAUCCCUGGUCAGGGAGCUAGAUCCCACACGCUGCAACGAAGAUCCUGACUGCUGCAACUAAAGACCCGGUGCAGCCAAAUAAAUAAAUAUUAAAAAGGAAGAUGACAAUGGCCAGUAACUUCAUUCUUAAGGAAAGUGCUGCACCAGGCGGUGACAGGCCGUAGGCAGUGUGGGCGCAGACACACUGGAGCCAGGGCACAGCCACCCCGGAAGACUGUUGGGUAGUGUCCUCUAGAGCUGGACAAACACCUCUGACCCCACAACUCUCCAAGAGCGCCAAAAGAAAUGUUCCAGAAUGUUCAUAGCAUCACUCGGAAGAGCUGCAAACUGGAAAUGACCCAAAUCUCCAUCCACAGGAAAGCGAUGCACAGGUCACACAUGGACCACCCUCAGCGGCGAGGUUGACCAACACAGCCUCAGCCACCGAGUCCAGAGCCUGACGAGGAGCAGGGAAGAGGACCGUGGAUGAGUCGAAGACAGAGAGCAUGGGUGCUGGUCUCUGCCGCGUUCCGGCACAGAGUGCCUGAAAACCUGGGAAUUGCCUGCUGAGAGCACAGGAGCAUCUUUUGUUCUAAUGAGGCUCCUGUGGGGGCUGGUCACCAAAAGACCAAGCCUGAUGAGAAGCGUGGAGUUUUCAGCCCCGCCCCCAUCCUCUUGAGAAAGGAGAGGGGCUGAAAAUGGGGUUAGUAAUCCAUCAUGGCGGUGUGAAGAAGUCUCCACAAAAUCCCGAGCGCUGGAGAUGGGUGGAGCCGCGUCCACGCCCCUUCCCACGAAGCCCUGCCCAUCUCCCAACCUGGACCCUCACCUGCAUCCUUCAUCCUACUCUUUCUCUUUUAUAAUGAACUGGUGAGCGUUAGUGAAUUUCUCCCUGAGUUCUCUGAGUUCCUCUAGCAAAUUAAUUGAAUCCAGGGGGCAGUGGGUCGUGGAAAGCUCACAUUUGUAGCCAAGUUGGACAGAAGUGGUGGGUGACCUGGGGACCUGCUCCUUGCCAUUGGCGUCUGAAGUUGGGGGCAGUCUGUGGGACUGAGCCCCUAAGCAUCUCCAGAUAUUAUCAGAAUUGAGUUAACCUGUCGGACACGCAGCUGGUGUCACCGAAUUGCCUGGCGUGGGACCCCCCCCCCCGCCACACACACACUUUUGGCGACCAGUAAAGGAGACUCACAGGAGAGACACAGGAGGGAAACCUGGGUUUUCCCAACACACAGAGGCAGCGAGGAGAGACCCCAGACCAGGCUUGCCCACCGUGGCAGCCGAGAACGCCACCCGACCUCGCUCUUCCGGGGUGACUCGGCCUCCUCCACUCGAAGCCUCGGCUGUCGUGGUCCCCACCUGCCCAGUCUCAAUCCCCUGGACCCUCCUCAGAGGCCACCCUCCUCUCCACUCUAGGUCCUUCUUAAGAUGUGUUGCUGUCAGAAAUGAUCCUGUUUACCUGUUAGCUUCGAUGUUUGCUGUCCAACCCCCCUACUCCCUCCUGUGUCCCCAGCGGGAGGGGUGUGUGUCACAAUGACCAGGCUGGGGAUAGGCAGCACCAGCCUCGAGGGCAGGAUGGCUCCGAGCAGGGCCUUGGGGGUCCAACUCUGCCACUUGCUAGCUGUGUGGCUAUGGACAACUCACUCACCCUCUCUGUGCCUCACCAAGCUCAACUGUGAAAGAGGGUCCUCCUGGCGUCCCUCUCAGGAUGGACACAUUUUGGAAAAGUGCUCAGGGGACUGGCAGGGUGGUGCCUGAAAGGGGCUGUUCUCAGAGGCCAUGUCUCCUGCCCGGCUCCUCCUGGUGACCUGCAGGUGGCAGCACCAGACCCCUGUUCCCCGAGAGACAGACUGCGUUGCCACCCCCGCCUUGGGCCCCGCUUGCAGGAGCCUAGGUCGGGAGAGGUGCUGGCAGGAGUGACCCGCUCUCCCAUGACCCCUCCCAGCCCUCUUCAGAGGCCCACUCCCAUGUGGGUGCCUCCACUGUGAGCCCUCAAGGACCCCGCUUGUCUCCCAAGCCCCACCGGCAGCUUCACAGUGCUGCCAGGGGCGGGGCCAGAGCAGGGAGGCGCAAACCCUGACCCAGGUUGGCAGUGGCCACGUCCAAAUGACCUCUAGGAACAUUCCAGGACCAGUCACUUCCUGGCUCAUCGCUCUGUGGCUCCCUCUGUUCCCCACAGGUGUCAGGGUAAAGCUCUGAGACCCAGAAGCACCUGGGCUGGUCUUGGGGGGCCGCCAGCAGGCGAGGUGGCAGGAGGAGCCGGGAGGGCUGAGUCUUCACAGUGGGCAGGAGCGCUUUGAGGGGAAAGGGCGGCCUUCGGCCAGGACGGGCAGCAGAGUAGCCUUCAGCUUGGGAAAGGGAGGUCCUGUGGGCCUGACUGCUGGUCAGCGUUCUCUGACUGGCGUCUGACCUGACCAGGAAGGCGUCCCUCACGUCGCUGGCAGCCCCUCAAAUGCCAUCUAUUUGUGGCCUGUACCCUGCCGCCUGGCAGGAGACAUGUGACUGCGGGGCUGUGGUAUUUUGGGCAAUGGGGGUGGGGCGUGCGUGGCGAGCCCUGCACCAUGCCGCUCUGGGACAGGCAGCUUGGAUGCCCAGCUCCGCUGCCCCGGCUGGCUGUGGGGUCCCAGAUUUGGCCUCGGUACCAACAACUCUGCAGGAAAGCUGGAGGCUGACCCAGCUGAACAGAAAGUGCAUAACGUCGUGGAGGAAAACUCCUCCUGGGGAAGAAAGCUCAAACAUGAGGAACCCUAUUCUUCAGUGACCAUCACUAACGUGAAUGCAGGACUGUAGCAACAUGUCACUGUAACGUUAUCAUCUGCGGUCAGUUUGGGAGCAGGGCAAGUGGCUUUCGGAUGUUCUAGCUCCAGGAAGCCAUCAGGUUUGAGAUCAGCACAGCUUCCCUCUGGAUUCUCUGUUUGUUCUGCUUUCUUUCAGGACAGAGAUGGAGUGCUGGCCCCUGAGCCAGGGAGGCAUGGGAUGCCCCAGGGGGCAGGUGGGGUGGGGGCAGUGUGUGCCGGCCAGGGCCCCGGGCCUGGGCCCGUGAAGAGCCUGGUCUGUGGUUCACGUGCCUCUGCUGACCCAGAAUGGAGAACUUCCAGUACAGCGUCCAGCUGAGUGACCAGGACUGGGCUGAGUUUUCAGCCGCUGCCGAAGAGUGUGGCCUCCUGCAGGCCGGCCUGGCCUCUGGGGAUGAGCUCUUGUCCAGUGACACUGACCAAAGGGACAGCAGUGGCAGCAGCCCCCCAGGGCCCCCGCCCCUUCCUGAGGGGCAGCUGGCUCCCAGGGGGAAUGACUGGCCCAGCUCUGAGGAGGAGGACGAGGCAGCCACCCGGCAGCUGGUCAGCAGGUCUUGGCGUGAGUCCGUGCUGGCCCCAGAGGCCGGUCAGCAGAUGCCCAGCACGUCCGUGCGGUCAGGAGCUCGGCCGUCCCUCAGCCCUGGUGCUGCCCCUCUGGCCCAGGGCUCAUCCCUCCUGGGGCCAGUGUCUUCCAGAGGCGAGAGGCAGAGGCUUCUGCAGGGCCCAGCCCCCCGGGGCCUUGCCGCUACUGCCCCUGGCGAGCCCGCUCGGAGCCCCGAUUCCCCCGGCGGCAGCGCUGCCCCCCAGAGGCCCCCUGGCAGCCCUGGAGCCCUGCUGCGCAGCCCCAGCCGAAAGAAGAGGCGGGCUGCGGGCACCACGGUGGGUGGGCACUUGGGUGACCCAGGCCCUGCCCCCACCCAGCUGGGCUCGUUACUGCUCGCUGAGGCCGGGGCCGAGGACGGCCUUGGCCUGGCUGGGUCCGGGGGGAAGGGCCUCCGGGUGGGGACCACAGGGCAGACAGCAGGAGCUGGGCAGGUCAAGCUGGGGCCAGAGUCUCCAGAAGCCCCUGAGCAGGCGGCCAGGCAAGGGCCAGGUGUGGAUCUGUCUACAUCUGUCCCUACCACUGAGCAGGGUACAGACCUAAUCGGAAUGACCCUCAGAACUGAGCCACGCACUGUGUCCACGCUUGACCUGGAGGCUUCUCUAGAUGUCACAAUGGCUAAGUCAGACGUGGCUUUGUCCGCACCCACCUCCGAGCCUCAACCCGAUGAGCCUCUGUCUACACCUGCCUCCAAGCCUAGACUGGAUGUGGGCCUGCUUAUGCCAGGCCCAGGGGUCCAGCUGGACGUGGAGUCACCUAUGCCUGUCUCAAAGGCUAUUCCACGUACAGCUCUGCCUCACCUGGCUUCUGAGGCUGGGUCUGAUGUGGGUGUGUCUACACCUGCUCCCAUCCCCGAGGCUGGGCCUGACAUGGUGGAGCUGGAGGUUGCCCCAGUGGCCAAGCUGGGUUUGAGCCCUAUUCGGUCUCCAGAGGGGGGCCGACAGAAGCCUAGAGGGGAGCCCUCAGCAGGUGCGCCUGGACGCCACACUGGGGAGCCCCCGCUAGGCCCUAUCCAAGCCCCCAAGAAGAAGAAAGUGCGGUUCUCCAUGGCUGUGCCCAGCUCCGAGGAGCCAGGGUCAGGAGAGGCCUCGGGCCCAGCCUUCCCAGCCACAGCCCCCAGGACAGCAGCUGGGGGCCACAGGGCGUCUGGAGCCUGGGACGCUGUGGCAGUUGGGCCCCAGACACCCCAGCCUCGGAUCCUGAAGCACCUGCCUUCCCCCGCCCCCUCUGCCUCAGCGGGGCCUGAGCCCAGCUGCUGCUGCUUUGAGGUGACCCUCCCCGAAGCCUAUGAGUUCUUCUUUUGUGACACCAUCGAGGAGGACCAUGAAGAUGUCGAGGAGGAAGCAGAGGCUAGCCAGGCUCUGGCCGAAGUCCAGUGGCCGGGUGUGUGCGAGUUCUUCUUCCAGGAUGGCCAAACCCAGAGGUCGAGGCACCGGGAAGGCCGCUCCCAGGCCCCACCCCUCCAGGCUGAGCCUGUGCCGGCCCCUCCACCAGGAGACCCCAUACCCAUCUCCAUCGCCGAGGCCUAUGAACACUUCCUCGGGGAGGACAUGUCAGGGGGCAUGCUGGGGCCGGCUGCCCUUCUCCAGAUGCAGGCCAUGGAGCCCCCCAGGUCAGUCCCCUGGGAAGUGGGGACCGGCACCCCACCAGGGCCUAGCCUAGCCUCAGCGGAGCAGCUUACCCCGGCCAUCAGGCCAGCAGAGGAACCCCGGGGUCCCCUCACCUCGUUUACCUUCAGCCAGAAUGACAUGUGCCUGGUGUUUGUAGCCUUCGCUACCUGGGCUGUGAGAACAUCAGACCUGCAAGCCCCAGACGCCUGGAAAACAGUUCUGCUGGCCCACAUCGGUACCAUCUCCGCUAUCCGGUACUUCCGCCGGCAGGUGGGGCAGGGGCGCCGCAGCCCCAGCUCCUAGGACCCAGGCUCCGCCCAGGAAGACGCAGGACGAGGAAGUGUCCACAGGUGCUCAGGAGGAGGGGCUGCCCUCAGGCUUUGCCCUUUGACCCUUGUGUUCUGCGGCGUCCAGGAAGGAGCCUGCGUCCUUGGUCCUGGCUCCCUUGGACUCCACACGAGGGUCCAGCCAGUGGCCGAGGCUGUGCUCCACACUUGGGAGUGGGGAGAUUCUGGAAGGCUGGGAGGGUAGGCCAAGCAGGGAGCUGGUUAGUGAGGUGCCAGAUUAGCAAUAAAAAACACAAGGUGUCCAGCGAAACUGGAAUCUCAGACACGCAGUAUGAGACCCACUUACGCUAAGGAAUUAUUUGUGGUUUAUCUGAAACCAGAGUUAACUGGAGUCCUAAUCCUAUGUGGUUAUCCUGUUGGAGGGAGGGCUAUGAUGGGGCUUCAGAGCAGCAGCGAGGCCCCAGCUGGAGAUCUGGGCAGAGGGCCUUGAGGCUGGGAGGCGGCGUCCCAGGGACCCUCUGCCCUGUUUUAUAAGUGGGCUGGGCCGUUGGAGGCCUCUGAGGCCUCUCUAACCCCUGAACCCCAGGGGUCUGUGGUCAAGACCUCCUUGGCUUGACCUCCCGAGAUGGGGAGCAGGUACCCAGCGGGGCCCUGCGGGCUGGGGGUCUGAGGGCAGAGCCUGGAGCCCCUCCUCUGGGGAGCCCUGGAGGAGGUGCAGAGUCAGAAGGCAAGGGGCUCAGGUUGAGGGACGGGACACCUGGGUUCGCCCAGGGCUGACAGGAGCCGGAGGUGCGACAGGAAGGUGGGCGGGGUGCGGACAGUAGUGGAGCAAGGGGGCUGCCAGACCAGGUGCUGGGUGGGCGUCCAGCUCCGAGGCAGCACAUACAGGGUCCCCGGGACGCAGGAGACUCCUGGCUGUUCAGGACAGAAUGCGUGGACACACAGCGUCAAUAAAAUCUCUUUCUUUCUUGUUUA